UGUUGCCCAAGCUGGUCUCAAACUCCUGAGCUCAAGUGAUUCCCCCCACUUCAACCUCCCAAAAGUAGUAGGAAUACUAGGAGGCCCCCGGCUUGCCUCCCUGAUUUGGAGGAGGUUGGAAUUCUCCAGGAUGCCUUCUCCCACAGUAUUAAUGCUUCCCUGGCCUACUAUAUACAGGCCAGAUGAUUGUCUCAGUAUUCUGAUACAGUAAGUCCGCACUGGGACAGCUUCCACAUGUGAAUUUUAACAAAUGCCUGGAGUUUUCUGAGCCUUAUUUCUAUACAUGCACAAUGGAAAACCUACCUGUAUUUUUAAAACUGAAUGCACAUGUCUGUUCAUGUCUAUUUUGUUUAAUUGACUUCCAGUUACAGGGAUAGAUAAAUUCUACUCUCUGGGAUUUUAAGAAGGCUGACAGUUAAGUUCACAGCUGCUCUGUUCCCCAAAUUUGGGUGAAUCCUAACUAUAAUAAAUUGAUUCUUCUUUUUAAAAUACAGGCUAGAAUUAAUGUUUUUGCAAAGAAGGACCCCAGAGGUCUUCAGGGACAUCUGAAGCACACUGAAAUUAUCCAAUUUCUGACUUUAUGCACUGCCCCUGAUAAAUCGUGUUUGUUUUAUUCCAACUGUACAAAAGCAGAGGAUAGUCCAGACCCUUCUGCACGCCUCUGGCAGUUCCAAGAGCUCUUUCCUGACAACACUACUGAAAGUUUAUGCUGAGUCCUUCCACUCUGCCUUCAUAUUACUCUAGUUCUACCUCUUCCACCCCACAGAACCUUUCUAGCAACCUGUUUCACGAUGCACGUCCAUGAAUAUUAAGGGACUACUGUGUAUCAGACACUGGGUUAGACACUGGGGACCCAGAGGUAAACAAUACAAAACUGUGGCUCCAUGGAAUUUAUGAUCUAGUGGAGUGAGACAGGUAGCAGACAAAAGAAAUAAGAGUAGUUUAUUUGUUGUAAGAUUAUUGCCUUAUAUAAAAAUAAUUCAGGAAAGAGAAAGAAGGGAAUUGUAAGGGUUUUCAAUAUUAUAUAAUACAGUGAGGGAGGGCCUCAGUUAGAAGGUGACUUUUCAAAAAUGGCCUGAAGAAGGUGAGAAAGGGGGUGUGUGGGUGUCUUGGGGAGAAAGCACUGUAAGUAUAGCAAAUUGCAGCUACAAGCCUUGUACCAAGACAAUGAGGGUGUUGAGCAGCAGACUGACAUGAUCAUAUGUUUUAAUGUAAUCCUCUGAUUCCUUUUGUAGGAGUGAGGGAAAAUUUCACCUUUGUCCUCUGAAGUUUCACGGAAAUCAACUGACAAAAGGCAGAUUCAUAGGAGAAAAGACAUACACAUUUAUUUAAUCAUAGUUUUACACUACAGAGGAGCCUUUAGAUGAAGAUCCAAAGAUACAGGAAAAACUUCCCAUUUUUAUGCUUAGGUUCAAAGACAUUUGGACAGCCAUGUAGAAAUAUGAUUGAACACGAAGGGCAUGAUCUAAUGCUGAUGGACUGAGUGAAGAAGCCCAGCAAGACCCAUCUGUGAGGUUCUUUGUGGCCUCUCUGAGCAGUGUUCCUUUUUUCUUGGUAAGGAGUAAGACCUGUCUGGAAUGGAGGUCUUAUAAUCUACAAUCCAGUAAGGUAGGUCAGAUAAUUUAUUUAUGGCUGGUUUUAACAUAGAAAGGUGGAGGGAAAGUUAGAGUAACAUUUUUAGGUUUUAUGACUGGCUUUGAAUUUCUAUGGCUAACCUCGGGGAAGAGCGAGCCAGGGACAAAAAGGCAGGAGAAAGAGAAACUUUUGCUUCUGAGACCUUCAUGUUGGGGUUAUCAUUUUCUGAGCCCCAACACUUUUUUGAGAGUACUUGGAAGGGGAGCAAAGGAGAAGCAGAGAGAUGAGUUAGAAUAUUAGAUGAAAAUUCAGAUGAUAAAUGAUGGCAAGAUGGGCCAGUAGUAGCAGAGGUGGUGAGGAGGGAUAAAAAACUGGACAUAUUUAAUGACAGAAAAAAAUUGCAGAUGAUUGUGGAAUUUGAGAGGGCACAAUUUUAAUGCCUGUACAGUGGUUCAUCACAUGAAAGACCACUCUCUACCUGACUAACCCUUUAUUGUUAAACAUUUAGGUUGCAUGUAGAUGUUGUUAAUACAAUAUUUCAAUUUAAAAAAAAAACAGUGCUAAGAAUUUUGCAUAAAUGUCCAUUUUCUCCAGACAGUGAACACCCCCUAGUCUUUUAUUAUACAGUCCAAGUUGGCUGUGAGGAAGGUAAUGCAGUGCCAUCCACAGAGCUGGUGAGUGGCUGCUUUUGAAAACAAUGGGUAUAAAAUUUAUUUUUAACCAGUCAAGGUAGUGUGUGCCUGUAUUCUCACCUACUGAGGAAGUUGAGGUGGGAGGAUUGCUUGAUCCCAAGAGUUUGAGGUUAGCCUGGGCAACACAGUGAGACUGUGUCUCUAAAAAAGAAUAAGAUAAAAUGAAAUAAAAUUUACUUUUAAUGUUUGCUAACUAAUGUAAUUGCUUGUCUCAUGCCCGGUAUGCCCUGUGCUCUUCCCACAGGUGGCCUUUUGCCCCACCCCCAGCAUACAAUGAUGGAAAUAGCCAAUGUGAGUUCUCCAGAAGUCUUUGUCCUCCUGGGCUUCUCUGCACGACCCUCACUAGAAGCUGUCCUCUUCAUAGUUGUCUUGGGUUUUUACGUGGUAUCGAUCUUGGGCAAUGGCAUCAUCAUUCUGGUCUCCCGUACGGAUGUGCACCUCCACAUGCCUAUGUACUUCUUUCUUGCCAACCUCUCCUUCCUGGACAUCAGUUUCACCACGAGCAUUGUCCCACAGCUUCUGGCCAACCUCUGGGGACCACAAAAAACCAUAAGCUAUGGAGGGUGUGUGGUCCAGUUCUAUAUCUCCCAUUGGCUGGGGGCAACCGAGUGUGUCCUGCUGGCCACCAUGUCCUAUGACCGCUACGCUGCCAUCUGCAGGCCACUCCAUUACAUUGUCGUUAUGCAUCCACAGCUUUGCCUUGGGCUAGCUUUGGCCUCCUGGCUGGGAGGUCUGACCACCAGCAUGGUGGGCUCCACUCUCACCAUGCUCCUACCGCUGUGUGGGAACAAUCGCAUUGACCACUUCUUUUGUGAGAUGCCCCUCAUUAUGCAACUGGCUUGUGUGGAUAUAAGCCUCAAUGAGAUGGAGAUGUACCUGGCCAGCUUUGUCUUUGUUGUCCUCCCUCUGGGGCUCAUCCUGGUCUCUUAUGGCCAUAUUGCCCGGGCCGUGUUGAAGAUCAGGUCAGCAGAAGGGCGGAGAAAGGCACUCAACACCUGUUCUUCCCACGUGGCCGUGGUGUCUCUGUUUUAUGGGAGCAUCAUCUUAAUGUAUCUCCAGCCAGCCAAGAGCACCUCCCAUGAGCAGGGCAAGUUCAUAGCUCUCUUCUACACCGUAGUCACUCCUGCGCUGAACCCAUUUAUUUACACCCUGAGGAACACAGAGGUGAAGAGCGCCCUCCGACACACUGUGUUAGAGAACUGCUGUGGCUCUGCAGGCAAGCGGGCCCAAAUUUAGAGACUCCAGUUCCUUCUGAGAAGGAAGAUCAAGUUUACAUAGAGCAAACUGACCUUGGAGGACGGGAUACUUGGGACGUCGUUGGGAUGUCGUUUUUCUUCCAAUAUUGUUUGAGCUCAAGGUAGAUGGAAAUCUGAAAGGAGUGUGCUCACACUAUUUCCAGACCAAGAAAAUACAUUUAUUGUUUGUUAAUUAUCGUAGUUUUGUUAAAUUGUCAUUGUUGGUUUUUGCUAUAUAUACUCAUGUUGACUGUCAUCUUGUUUUGUAAAUUCCUUGCGUUGUUAUACAGCUGUUUCUCAGUAUCCGAAUCGGGUGGAUUCCAGGACGCUCCGUGGAUAAUAAAACUUUGACGAUGCUGAGAGCGUGCGGGGAGACCGGAGCCGGCCUGUUUCCCGGCGCCCCUGGAGCCCUCCCAGCCCUGGGCUCUGCGCCUGGGGUGAGCUGGUCCCAGGACAGGCCGCGGCCUCCGCCUUGCAGGCUCCGGAGCCCUCGCUGUGGCUCCCCUGCCCGGCCCAGGCCUUCAGGUUGCGGCGAACCUCUUCCUACCCCACCUCGGGGACCUGACGACAGCGGCGGCCUCCCCCAGCCUUGAUCUCCCGGUCCAACCCUCCCGGCCCAGACCAACAUCGCGCCGAGUUGCCGGGAUUCAGCGCCUUUGGGUGACGGCGGUAAGCAGGGAGGAAGCCGUUAGGCUGUGGAGGGCGAAGAAGCCGAUCCAGGGGCGCGGGGUCGGCUGCCCGUUUAGGCCACGGAGCCGGCAGGUCCACAUUCUGGGCGACCUCUUUGUCGCAGUUGGGCGAGACCUACCUAGUCCUGAAGGGUCGUAUUUCCAAGACAUUUUCAUAUUCUAUCCAUUAUGUGUGUGCAUUUUAUUACUUCUCUAUAGAGUUGACAACGCUAAGCUUUUUUGAAAUGUUUGUUCCUUCUAGAUGUUCUGAAGUACCUGAUAUAUGUUACAAUUAGAGACAGUAAAAUGACAUAUUUUGUAAAUAACUUUUUGUUAAAAUUCAUACGAAAUGUUAUUUUGUGGGGGGAUGGCAUGGUGUUUGUGGACUAGUUCAAGGAAGGAGGGGAUAAGAGAGGUGCAGAGAGCUCUAAGCCAGUGUGCUAACAGUGAGGCGAGAUUCACCAUUGUUUCUUAUGAUUGUGCAUUUUCUUUUACUUAUCUGUGUAUACAGUGUAUCUAAAGGACAAACGAGUUCUAAUUUACAACACCUAGUCUUUUGAGAUGUUAAAGAACUUCUGUCAAUAGAGUAACCUAUCAAUAGAGUUCACCUCUCUCUAUAUAUAUAUAUUUAGUUUUUAAUAUAAGGAACUAUGACUCUCUAUAUGCUCUCAUGAAACUAGUCUACUUUGGUACUAGGAUCUUCCAAUUCACUGUAUUAGUCAGGGUUUUCCAGAGAAACAGAACCAAAAAUAUAUGUAAAAGAGAAUAUAUACACAAAUACACACACACACACACACACACACACACACAGGACAGAGAGAAAAAAACAGUGAGAGAGAUCGAGAGUUAAGAAAUGGGCUCACAUAAUUUAGGGAACUGGCAAGUCUGAAAUUUUCAGGGCAAGCCAGAAGGCUGUAAAUUUUGACAGCUGUUGAUGUUGCAGCUUGAGUUCAAAGUCUGGAGGCAAAAUUCCCUCUUUUUGGAAGCAGGUCAAUCUUUUCUCUAAAGGCUUUCAACUGAUCGGAUGAGGCCCACUCACAUUACAAAGGGUAAUCUGCUUUACUAAAAGUCUGAUUUAAAUGUUAAUCGCAUCAAAACAGACAAACAAAAACAAACAAACAAAAAUAAACCCUUCACAGUAACACCUAGGCUGGUGUUUGAACAAAAAAUGGGCACCACAGCCCAACCAAGUUGAUACAUCACAUUAACCAUCACACCAAAUCCAAACUUUCAGUGAAGUGAAGCAGAAUUCUUCAAUUGGAUUAUUAUGCAUCAUGUACAAGACACUCCCGUGUCUUGGUUUCUGGACUCAUGUAUCAGGUUACAGUGGCUGCAGGUUUAGGGCAUAUACUGCGGCCUGUAGGAAAGUAGUCCUUAUUUACACAGUAUUGUUUCUCAGCUUCAAUAACUAAACCUUCAGCAGGCCAUUCCAUCAUUCAGUCAAGCCCACUGCUUCUGAAUAUUGAGGUAUGAAGUAAGAAUCAUGAAUUCCAAGGGCGAUUCUAUCGCCACACCCCUUUGGCUGUGAAAUAUGUUUCCUGGUUACAGAUGACACUGCAGGGGAUGCCAUGGUGAUGGUUAAGCCUUUGUUCAUUAUGUAAAUGGUUGGGGCAUGGAAGACAAAACGGUCCCCAGAAUAUUAUUUUGUCCCUAUAAAGACUAACAUUGCUUACUCUAUGCUCAAAAGAGUCCAAAGUAAUCACUAUGCUACUAGUCCAGCCAGACACCUGGAAACAGUGCCAAAUUACAUGCUAACCUUGGUGAGAGACAUGUCAUAAUGCUGUGCCCAUUCACAGUUUCUAUCCCUGCUUCCAUGUUCAAUUUUUCAUAGGCCCAGUGAGCAAGCCUGCUGGCAAAAGAGAUUGACUGAUUAUCUACUAGAUGAGUCAUCUUAUCUACCAUACUAUCAAGAUCCAUCUCUGCAGUGGAUGCCCUCUCCAUGGGCAUUUAUGUAAGACAAAUAUCUUCAUGAUCUGUGCACUUUACAAGAAAUUCUUCAAUGUCCUCUUCUCCAGAUUUGCCUGCCAUUAAUUUUCCAGCCUUGUUCUUCACAAAUCUCUCACCAAAAAAACCUGUUAUCCAAUGCUCCUAAAUCAGUGCAUAUCCAAACUUCUGUGCCCAUCUCCUUCUAUAAAAAAUUAACAACCAGCUAAACUGCCUGUAGUUUGACCACUGGGAAGUUUCCCUUCCUCACCAUCUUUUGGCACCACCUGGAGGGAUACUGUGGUAUAAUGCCAUUUGUUUCUUUCUGUUGCUGGUGUAUAAUGCAGAUUCAUUUGUAAAGUGGCCCAUACUUUUUUCCUUAAUAGUUGGCUAAACAUGAAAUAUGAAUGAGAUCAUGCAGGAUUUGUCCCUUUGUGUUUGGCUUAUUUCACUUAACACAGUGUCUUCUAGGUUCAUCCAUGUUGUGAAGAGAGGA